UCACUAACCUUGAAAUGAGAAAGGAAAAGAAAACCAUAGUGCAUUUAUUAAAAUUUGUACAUUAUUAAGUAUAAUUUCUCGUAUUGCGCGAUUGUGCUUUAUAAAAUUAUUGUAUUACGUCACAAAUUAUGAAUGAUUUAUAUCUCUCUACAAAAAAUGUGAUACAGGAAUAUAAAUUAUAUAUACUUUAUAAACAUGUUUGCAAAAGGCAAUGUUGAUCCUGAAUUGGAAAAGUUGAGAAGAGAGGUUGAUGGUCCUCCAAAUUUAGAUACUGUAGCAUUAAAUAUUCAAAGAGCUACAGCGCAAAUUCAUGCUUCUUAUCUAUUCGAAGAGAUUGGGAAAACCACAUUGCAAAAAAUAUGUUUAUUACUAAGUUCUACUGCAACAGGGAAAACUUACAAUGGGUGGCAAGAAUUUGCUGCACAUAUGGGCCUAACAAUGGAACAAAUACGUCUCUUUUUCUUACAGUGUAUAGAUUAUGAUUUUAAAGGCCUGCAAGAUCCAACUUAUUAUGUAUUACUAACGUAUGUGCAACAUGCUGAGGCAACUAUAGAUAAGAUUUUGAGUAUUUUACAAAGAAUGCAUCGUUUUGAUAUAAUUAAUCAAGUAAAAGAUGAUGUUUCUGAUCUAAUUAACAGAAUUUCACAAAGUACUACGACAAAUGAAUCAAUCAUGAGACCAAAUAAUGUACCAAGAGCUCCAUUAGUAUUAACUCCAAUUAAUUUUGUAUAUAAUAUACAAAGACAUAAAUCAGUUUCUGGGCAUAUUAUACAAGAUAAUUUAAAAAAGACUAAAAAACCAUAUGGCUGUAAAGUUAUGUUAACAUUUGCUGAUGAUGGUUCAGAAACUGCACAGCAUAUAGCAAAAAUAUUCAGGUCUAAGGAGCCCAAAAUUGGAGUUCUCAUACUUCAAGAACAGGAAAAUUAUGUAUAUAGUAGAGCAGAAGAGUUUAUAGAUGAUUGUUUUAAACAGGUGAACUUUAUUAUACCUAUAAUAACACAAGGAUAUAUGGAAAGAAUAAAUAAUUCUAAGAAAAUCUAUACUGAAGACCAAAAUAGGUUAGAUGCAAAGUAUAUAAAAUAUAUAUAUUCUCUUUUAAGAUAUGAAUAUGUGAGAAGUCAAUGCAUUAAUUCCCGUGUAAGGUGUAUAGUUCCUGAUAAAGAAGUUUUUACAGUUGCAACAACAAAUUUGCAUCCAACUUUGCAAGCAUGGUUUAGAGAGAGUGACAUUGAUGCAUUUGUUAAGAACAUUCUUUUAAAGAAAUGUUCAAAAUAAACUUGUAUAAUUUAUAUAAAUAAUUUUA